AUGGACAAGAGGAGGGACAUCAGAGGAGGGGAGCAGUGGACAGGAGCAGAGGAGGGGAGCAGAGGAGGGGAGCAGAGGAGGGGAGAAGAGGAGGGGAGUAGAGGAGAGGAGCAGAGGAGGGGAGCAGAGGAGGAGGGUAGCAGAGGAGGGCAGCAGCGGAGGGCAGCAGAGCAGAGGAGGGCAGCAAAGGAGGGCAGCAGCGGGAGUAGACCAGAGAGGCUGCUGCACCCGUGGACGGCAGAGAGGAGGCUGCUGCACCUGGGGACGGUAGAGAGGAGGGUGCUGCACCUGUGGACGGCAGAGGAGGCUGCUGCACCUGUGGACGGCAGAGAGGAGGGUGCUGCACCUCUGGGUUGCUUCCCGGCUCUCCCAAACUCCCAUCUGCUCCCACAGGCACUUGUGCUCGUGAGUGCUCGUCAGGAAGCGCUCUGGCGGAGUGAGGGGAGCAGAAGUGUGGAGGAGAGGAAACAUGGGAGAGGAGAGGAGGCGAGCAUGCAGCUGAAGCAGAGGCAGAGUCGAGCAACAGAGGCAGAGGCGAACAGCAGCAGGGGAGCAGUGGAGGGGAGCAGAGGGAGUAGGCGAGAGAAAGCUGUCGGAGCAGAGGAGGGGAGCAGAGGAAGGGAGCAGGGGAGUGGAGCAGGGGAGUGGAGCAGAGGAGUAGGGGUGCGGCAGAGGAGUGAGUGUGGAGGUGGAGGAAGCAGCUGA